CACUUCCAGUUAGUCAGUGUUGAAAACACUGCUGAUCACCAUCACUAUCCAUCCCUCAUGAUGUGAACCUGGCAUGAAGUUCUCUGAAAAGUUGUAGGAGAGGUCAUUUUCUACUCAUUCACAUAACUAAAACCUGUAGGGUUGAGAGAAGAAUUGAGAAAACAUGGCCGUCAGGGGUGCCAUUAUUUAUUUUUAAGCUAAACUAAAAAAAAUGUUUUAGAGUUGAGCACAGAUAAUAUUGGUAGUUGCUAUAGAAAUGUUUAUAGCCAUGGUCUCUCCAUAUUUCCAAUAGUUUGUCCCUUGAUCGGUAAUACAAAUACAUAACGUUUCCUGUUCGGGUUUGGUUGAAUUUAUGUUGUAAAGAGACACAAUGGACUUGCUGUCAGAUCAAGAUGACAGUCUGAACAGGCUUCAAGAGGGUGGAGAUGGGUUCUGAAUCAUUGACCUCUUUAUUUUUUCAAGGCAGAUUUUUUUUAUUUUAGAGUCGAUGCAUGUGUUAAGAUCAAAGCAAUUUAACAAAUUAUCGAUCACACCCUGUCACGCAAUUCGCACUUCUGUCCGUUAUGUCAUUUAAACAAUUAUAACAAUGAAUUGCUGCAAAAUAUUGAAGUUUUGGCUCAGCUUGAGAGCAGUGGGAGUUGGGAUGGUCUCUCUCUGGAUUUAGCCCCACAGGCAGCUGCUGCCUCUCAAGCUGCUGUACAAAUGUCCAUAGUUUGCCCAGGGUUAGUGCAAACUCAGGUUAAGGUUUAUACUAGUUAGCGAUGUGCUGCCAGUCCCUUUAACUGAGGCGGCAUGUCUAUGCAGCAUGAGAAGAAAUGCUGCCGGCUGGAUGUGUAAUGUAUCCAUGAGUCUGACUCAGGAAGAAGCUUUCCGGGGCGGAACGGAAUCCAUGUUUGUAGUCCGUCUGUGCUGUUUUGAGAGCGGUGUUAGCUAUUACAGCACACGGAUUUUAGUGGUCGUGAUUUCAGGGAUUCGUUGAAUGCGACCGGCAUAACAAAUUAAUUAAAAUCGGAAACAUUAACUUCGAGGAAGAUGCAGGAUGACGCGCGCUACCUCAAACGCAAAGUGACUGCGGGCAGUUUGGAUGUCCAUCCCACAGAGAAGGCCCUUGUGGUCCACUAUGAGGUGGAAGCAUCUAUACUGGGAGAGAGUGGCGGUCAUAUGCUGGGGGAACGCAAGGAGGGACAAAAAAUUAUUCGUGUGAAAAGUCUUUCUCCUAGUACAGAUGUGGGAGCUUUGGCCAAGAAAGUGGUGGAGGAGUGUAAACUCAUCCCUCCUUCCCGUUUGCCCCAGGUGGAGCAGCUCCUCUACUACCUGCAGAACAGGAAAUCAUCCCCAGUGGAGGGCAAAGUGGAGAAGAAAGAGAAAAGAACUGUGAAACCCAGAGAGCUGACACCGUUUGAAGGAAUGGAGUUGAACGAGGAGGCCAGUAUAACCAGAGUAGAUGAGUAUAUCGAGUUGCUCUAUGAGGGCAUCCCAGAGAAGAUCAGAGGCUCUGCUCUCAUUCUGCAGCUCGCUCGCAACCCUGAUAACCUGGAGGAGCUGCUACACAACGAGGCAGCUCUAGGCGCUCUAGCCAGAGUUUUAAGGGAGGACUGGAAACAGAGUGUGGAGCUGGCUACCAUCAUCAUUUACAUCUUCUUCUGCUUCUCCAGCUUCUCCCAGUUUCAUGGAGUGGUGAGCCACUAUAAAAUAGGUGCGUUGUGUAUGAGUGUGGUGGAACAUGAGCUGAAGAGACAUGACGUGUGGCGUGAGGAGCUACGCAAGAAGAACAAGGCUUAUGAAUCAGCACCAGAGAAUGGCUCUCUAAGAAGAGACCAGGACAAGGCUCUGAGGAAAUACCAGGCCCUUCUGGCUAAACAGGAGCAGCUGCUCAGAGUGUCUCUUUACCUCUUGUUGAACCUUGCUGAGGACACGAGGACGGAGCUGAAGAUGAGGAAUAAAAACAUUGUUGGUCUGCUGGUCAAAGUUCUUGAACGGGAUGACGAGGAGCUGCUGGUCCUGGUGGUUUCAUUCCUCAAAAAACUGUCAAUCUUCCUGGAGAACAAGAACGACAUGGCGGAGGUGGAUACUGUAGAACAACUGGCUCGCCUGGUUCCCUGUGACCAUGAAGAUCUGCUGAACCUGACUCUGCGUCUGCUGCUCAACCUCUCCUUUGACUCCGGACUCCGAGCUAAGAUGGUGGAAGUUGGACUGUUGCCUAAACUGACCGGCUUGUUGGGUGAUGAGAACAACCGUCAGGUAGUCAUGCGCAUCCUGUAUCACAUCAGCAUUGACGACCGCUUCAAGGGCAUGUUUGUUUACACUGAUUGCAUACCUCAGCUUAUGCAAAUGCUGUAUCAUCACGGUGAGGAGGAAAUUGAAGCUGAGCUCAUCUCCAUCUGCAUCAACCUGGCUGCUAACAAGAGGAAUGCACAACUGAUGUGUGAAGGAAAUGGGCUGAAGAUGCUCAUGAAGAGAGCUCUGAAGAUAAAAGAUUGCCUUCUGAUGAAAAUGAUCAGAAACAUCUCACAACAUGACGGACCAAUCAAACCACUCUUCAUAGACUAUGUUGGUGACCUGGCAGCUGAGAUCCGUGCAGAGGAAGAGGAGGAGUGGGUUCUGGAGUGUCUGGGUACUCUGGCCAACCUCACCAUCCCUGACUUGGACUGGGAGUUGGUGCUGAAAGAGUACAACCUGGUACCCUACCUCAAAGACAGACUCAAACCAGGCUCAGCAGAGGAUGACCUCAUCCUAGAGGUGGUAAUAAUGAUCGGAACAGUUUCCAUGGAUGAUGCCUGUGCUGCCAUGUUGGCCAAAUCCGGCAUAAUUCCUGCCCUCAUUGAGCUUUUGAAUGCCCAACAGGAGGACGAUGAGUUUGUGUGUCAGAUUGUCUACGUCUUCUAUCAGAUGGUGUUUCACCAAGCAACACGAGACGUCAUCAUCAAAGACACCCAAGCUCCAGCCUACCUGAUAGAUCUGAUGCACGACAAGAAUGCAGAGAUCAGAAAAGUGUGCGACAACACCCUUGAUAUUAUAGCUGAGUACGAUGAGGAGUGGGGGAGAAAGAUUCAGUCAGAGAAGUUCCGUUUCCAUAACAACCAGUGGUUGGAGAUGGUUGAGAGUCGCCAAGCUGAUGAGUCUGAACCUUAUCUCUAUGAUAACGACAACGACAGGACUGAUCUGUUCUACAGCGCAGAUGGAAUAACUCCAGGAGACGGUUCAGUCAGCCCAGAUUUCUUCAGUGAUCUUCAGCCUCAGAACGGAGACUUGCACCAUACAGGUGAUGGCAACGAUGUCUUCGACCAGACCAGCUCAUCACCUGGACGACCAGCUACCGCCUAUGGCUUCAGACCUGAUGAGCAACCCUUCUAUCAGUACUCAUAGACACAAAUACACACAUGCCUGGUUUGUUAAAUACUUCAGGAUGUCAUGUCAUGUUAGAUCCAUUCCACACCGUUACAUCUUAAGCUCGACUUUCCAGUGUCUUGACUAAAGGCGUCACAUUGGUGUAGUUAGUAAGUCAGUGGUCAUUAAUGCAGAAAUACAUUAGUGAUAAGGACUCUCAUGCUGCAGAUGUUAAAUAACCUGCAGCUCCAUGCGCUCAGCUCUCAUUCAUUUCAGAUUAUGUUGAACAGAUAUGUAGUUAAGUCUUCCUUACCCACUGGCUGCAAUCUCAUUAUGAGUGAGUGGCUCAGUAAAUCAUUUAAAGAAUGUGAACAUACUUAACAUUUCUAAUAUAUGUUUAUCGGUUUUUGCAUGUUUUUUUUUCUAUAAAAUAAUGAAUAUUUGUUGCCUUUUCAAAUCCACUGAAGGAAAAAAACAUUCAGUCAGAUGUGUCCUCACAUUCCACUGUUGAAAGGUUUGAGAUCCACCAGUUUGACACCAUGUCACCAUGCUAACCUUAGUUCAAGUCAUAGUCAUUUUAUGAACAUGCACUACAAUGUACAUAGCUUUGUUUUGUCUGUGUCACUACUAAAAACGGCACAUUGUAGUUGAUCUUUCUUACAAUCGAGGUUGCUUUCAAGCUGGCAGGUUAGGCCACACCUGCAUGCAGACCAAGAAACUGUACCAGGAUGCGUGUCCGGUGGUCUGAGAUUGGUUUCAGAUAAACUAUGGUACAAUCUGAGUGCAAUCUUUGUUACCACAGGAAGGAACCACAUGUCUACACAACAUCAGUAGUGACAUCUACACAUGCAGCAGCUAGCAGUACUGGACACGCAUCUCUGUUUUUCUGGUCUACUUACUUUAUUUGUACUGAUUAAUAGGAGGAGAUCAGGGAAACCAACUUCCUUGAAUAAACUGGCUUUAGUCUAUUAAAUAUGAAGAGAGGAAGCUCUGGUUUUCCAUUCUAUUAUAUUAACCCCUUUUAACCAUCCUAUAUGUUGGAUUAAUAUUCAGUACAUAUUUGGACAUUUAACCAGCUGGGACGUACAUCUUGUUUCUGCAUGCAGGUUGGAGGAGAAGCCACAACCUGUUCUGACAUAAUGAGUGUCAUCUUGUACAUUUGCUGAGCAUACUGUAUAUUAAGCACUACAUUGCUCAUAAUGCUUUUGGGUUCUCCCUGUUUUAACAGCAGCGAGAGCAGAAGACUUGUGCCAUGGGGAGUGAAUGUUUUUUUUUCGUGUUGACAUUAACUGGUGUGAUUUCAUGUUUAUGGCUGUCUUGAGACUUGCCAGUGUCCUGCAGAAUUUACUGUUACUGUUACUUUGACAAUGUUUACUGUGUGUUCUUAGAGCUGUGGAGGGUUAUUACAAGAACAUGAGUACACUAACUGACAACAAGUAACAUUUAAAAUGCACCAAGGACUGUGACUACAUACUCAGCAAUUUAAAAACCAGGACUAGAUUGAGCAAUGUGGGCAGCCGAAAUGAAAAUGCUCCGUCUUGCCCUACAAAUAAAGUUCCUUUGAGCAAGUCAUAUACUGCUAGACAACAACAUGGUAGCUCACUUGUCUGUAUAUAUGAAUGUGAAUCAGAACAGUAUGAAGACACUCUUCAAAACAAAUGUAUUGUGCCAUUGACCAAACUACAUUCAUCUUAAUGAAGAGAAGAGGUCACACAUGCUGUAUUUGCAGGACACUGACAAUUACCUAAAUACUGUAUUACUUUUAGGCAUAUUUGCACACAUGGUAAAAUUUUGAUGCAUGGUUAUGUUUUUUAUCAUAAGUUAUUGUUAAUCUAUGUACAUUGUUGUGUUUUUUUAUAAUAGUUGAGUUUAUUGCUACUUAACAAGACACUGUAAACAGAAGCAAGUACUGGACUAUAGAUAUACUCCAUCUCUCUCACUGUCUUUCAUCCUCAGGUUCUUUAAUAAAAACAUUUCAUAUGA